GAAUUAGCCUGGCUUCAGUAAAAUACUGUUUCAAAUUAAAACCUUCCCAAAUAAUCUUGACCUCAAUUUCCCACAUCUAAAUUCUCCCCCAACUUUAUCAAAACCAAAACACACACCCCCAACAAACAUCACACAAAAUCAUCCAAACUAGUCAAAUCCUUAUCAAAAAUCCAAACUCAAACUCAAAACUCAAAUCAACAACAUCUGAUCCCAAACAACCCUACCAUUUCCACCACUUAUUCCUCAUAAUCCCCCUCUUAUCCACCCUCAAAAAUAUGCACACACCUCAUUUUAUCAUCCCCUAAUAUGUCUCCUCCACCAAAACCACCUCAAUUUAACCACAAGCCCACCGUGUCGCCACCAUCUCAGUCUUUCUCCGAUAUCAUCUUCGCGACUUUUUCGCUCUUCAUUCUUAUUUCUUCGUCUCCCAAACCCUCCUCGGUUUUCUUCCAAAGAUUCACACCCACAAUUUCUUUUCCGCUAAACCCUCGUAGAUUCUUGCCGAUUUCGGUUAUGUCUGCAACGAGCAAGCUUCCUAAAAAACAUAACUUUCCGAGCCCUCAGGCGCUUUCGGACUGGCUGAGCCCGAGGUUGCCUGAGGAGAAGUUUUGUUUGUGGGGGGUCAAGGCGGGGACCAAGAAUGUGCAUAAUUUGUGGCUGGAGAUUUCGGAAGGGGAGACUUGUUUGGAUGAUUCGGUGCCUCCGGUGAGGACGUUGGAGGUUGUGAUUGUGAGGAUUAUUGGGGGUGAGAAUCGGGUUUUGGUUGAGUCUCAUCAGGAAUUGUCGGAUGGGAGUGUUAGGUAUCGGUCUAGGCCUUUAUCGGAGAAAAUGAAGCCUGGGGAGAGUGUUGAUUCGGCUGUUUUUCGGGCGGUGAAAGAAGAGCUUGGUUCGUUAAUUGGAGGGGAGAAUGUAGGUGAGGUUGUGAGGAUUGUUCCGAAUUCGUAUACUAAGAAAGUAGAGGAGAGGGUGUCGGUUUCGUAUCCCGGAUUGCCUGCUUGUUAUGUUUUGCAUACGGUGGAUGCUUUUGUGGAUGGUUUGCCGGAAGGGGAGUUUUGUACGGAAGAAGGGGAAGAGUAUGAGGAUUCGGAUGAGAAGAAGAUUGCGGAUGGCGCGGUUUCGUGUAAAAAGCAUUAUUGGAAAUGGAUGGACUAUGAUUCAGUUUAGUAUGAGUUCUUUUAACCCUUGUUAUUUUUUUUUAGGGUUCUAUAGUGUGAAGUUGGUUGUUUUAUAUUGUUUGCACUUUUUAGUUAGUUUGUCUAUAACAAAAAUGCUUAUAUUCAUACAUACAGCAAAUGUGGAUGUCAUAUUGUGGAAUGACACCCUUCUUGAUAUUGACUUAUAUCUAAUGAGAAGUUCGUUGUUUAUUUA